UCCUCCCACUCACAAAGAUGUAAAUCCUCAGACCGCAUGGUAUCCACUCUCUCAAACAGGUAUCAUUCUGCACUGAUCCUGAGACUAUAUGCUACGCACCAAGUGCAGAUCAAAGGAGGGGAAUGAAGAAAAAUCCCGGCAUGCAUGGCUAUAUUAAUGUUCCUGUUGUUUUUUCUGUCUGAAGCAGCAUCUGAUGUGAUUGUGAUACCAGUGCACCCUGGACAGGAUGUCAUUCUGCCAUGUCGGGCUGCUGAUUCCUCCAUCAGCAUUGUAGAGUGGAGCAAAGAUGACCCGAAGCCAGAGUGCAUCCUCUUUUACUGUGAUAAAGAAACUGAUACAACCAUCCACAAUCCAUCGUAUAAGGGCAGGGUGGACCUGUCUGUCAAUGAGCUGAGUGGCAGAGACCUGUCUUUAACUCUGAAGAAUGUGAGCAGCAUCGACAAUGGAACAUACGAGUGUCGAGUUGCAUCAGGUGGUUUCAGUCGGAAAAAGAGAGCAAUCCUUGACUCUGAGCCAAUCACAAUCAUCAGUCUGCAGGUUAUUGAGCCAGGUUCCGAGGAUGGAAACUUCUCUCCUGUAGGCCAAUACGUUGGAUGGGCUGCAGGUGUUGCAGAUGGACUGUUUCUUGUAGCUGCUGCAGUGGUUGGUGUCCUGAUAUAUAAAAGAUGUAAGGAAAAGAGAUCAGGACCGCCAGCUGCUGAUGAUAAAGUGGUUGAUGUCCUGAUAUAUAAACUACAUAAGGACAAGAGAUCAGGACCACCUGCUGCUGAUAAAGCAGUGGGCGAAACGCUCGUCUGACAACUCCCAGAGCUCUUUACACCUGACUGUUUUCUCAUGUGUCGUAUAUUCAACACUUCUCUUACUGUGGGUGUGAGGUUAAGUUUAAAUCUGCUGUUUGUUUUUUCUCAACCAAUCUCUUCCCUCUAUGAAAUCCAUAUACUUUUAAGCAAAAGUACUGUUAGUACAAAGUCAUUUUACUCAAGUAAGUUCAGUUACUUUAACGACGCCAAAAAUAUCCCCCUCCGUUAAUCUCCACCUUAUCGUGGGUGGGGGGGGGUUGUGUAUCUGCGUUCUGGGAUCUGUAUAAUCUGGAGCUUUGAGCUCCUCUAGAGGCUCCCAUGAUGGGAACACAGAGAUGUUCAGACAAUAUGAACUCAGUAGUAGUACACAGAAAUACUUUGCUCCAUUAAUGAGCAAAUGUAAUCCAUUACUUCAGCCCUGCUGUACUCAGCGCUGAUAUAUUACAGCAAGCUUUUAACAGAAAAUUAUGUUUCUUUAGUUGUAAAUAUCAGCAGACAGAUCACCCAUUAAAUCUCUUAUAUUCAGGUGUAAAGAGCUCUUCAACAUUUUGGUCAAGGUAAUAAUACAUUUUAUAUUGAGUGAAUUUGAAAUUAUUGUUUUCUGAUAAAGGCUCAGGGUGCCUGCUUGGAAUGAUUUCUUCCAGCUAAUGAUAUAAUGUCAACUAACAUUGAAUGGUUUUAACUGAGGAGUUGAUUAUAUUGUAUAUACAGAUACCUUAAUGCGCUUUAAACUGUUUUACUCUUGUGUCUUAUUUCAAUAAAUACUUUAUUUAACUCUA